ACUUGGAGACCGUUCCCGUUCCCAUCRAAGUACACGGCAAGUUCCCAUUAAAAUCUGGCUCAGCUAGUAUUUUAAUAACACUUAGCCAUUCCCGUCCUUUGCAUAUUUCAUCUGCGAAGCGCUUUACAAACAUGAAUCUCCUAAUUACAGGCGGAUGAUUUACUAAAACUGGAAAUUCCUCACUAGUUCUGGCUUUCCCUUUGAAGCUCCGGGGUUCGCUCUUGUCUCUCGGCACUUUGGAAGAUCCCCGACGCCGCUCGUUCUCUCGUUCGCGGCAGAGGCAGGGCACUAAGAAAGAAGCCACGGAGGAGSCUGCGAUCUGCCCCGGAGUGUGUGGGGUGUGAGCCGCGGGGUUCGCACGUGGGGAGCGCAGAUCCCGGUGCUCCGGGAGCGGGCAGGGCGCGGGUGAGACGGGACACACCGGGCAGGAAGGGGUGGAGCGGCCGGCGGAGCGCACGGGCGGGGUGCCGCGGGCGGGGAGGGGACGGCACAGGCAUCCUGGCCGUGCUGAGCCGGGCAGAGCCUCCGCACAGCGCUCCCCAUGGAGCGGCUGCCCCGCCAGCCCUGAGCCCGCCGCCCCGGCCGCCCGCCCGCAGCCGCCCCCGAUGGAGCCCGACGAGAGGAAGAUCUCGGUGUGGAUCUGCCAGGAGGAGAAGCUGAUCUCCGGGCUCUCCCGGCGGACCACCUGCUCGGACGUGGUGCGAGUGCUGCUGGAGGACAGCCACCACCGGCGGCAGCGCCCGGCGCCGCCCGAGCCCGCCGGGGGGAUGCUGUCGGGGCCGCCGCACUCGUACUGCAUCGUGGAGAAGUGGCGCGGCUUCGAGCGGAUCCUGCCCAACAAGACCAAGAUCCUGCGGCUCUGGGUGGCGUGGGGSGACGAGCAGGAGAACGUGCGCUUCGUGCUGGUGCGCAGCGAGGCUUCUCUGCCCAACGCGGGGCCGCGCAGCGCCGAGGCGCGGGUGGUGCUGAGCAGGGAGCGCCCCGGCCGCGGCCUGGGGGCGGCACGGACCAGCCUGGCGCUCACGCAGGAGCGGCAGCGGCGGGUGGUGAGGAAGGCCUUCCGCAAGCUGGCCAAGAUCAACAAGAAGCGGCAGCAGCCGCUGGCACGGGAGGCCUCGUCGGCGGAGAGGAUGGAGACGCUGGUGCACCUGGUGCUGUCGCAGGACCACACCAUCCGACAGCAGAUCCAGCGGCUCCGAGAGCUGGACCGCGAGAUCGACAGGUACGAGGCUAAAAUCCACCUGGACCGCAUGAAGCGSCACGGCGUCAACUACGUGCAGGACACCUACCUGGUGGGCACGGGCGGCGSGGAGCCCGAGCCGGGCCGGGAGCAGGGCCAGCCCGCCGGCCGCCGCCUCGACGAGGAGGACUACGCCAGGAAAUGCGAGGAGGUGCUGCAGCUGCAGGAGCAGCGGGCGCAGCAGGAGGAGCUGCUGGAACACCUGGCCGCCGAGAUCCAGGAGGAGCUCAACGAGCGCUGGAUGAAGCGGCGGCGGGAGGAGCUGGAGCUGGCGGCGGGGCCCGGGCUGGCCGACACGGACUGCGACACCACCGAGCUGAGCGGCGGCGGCGGCGAGGGCGAGCUGCASCUGGAGCACGAACGGGUCAAGACCCAGCUGAGCACCAGCCUCUACAUCGGCCUCAAGCUGAGCACGGACCUGGAGGCCGUCAAGAGCGACCUGGACUGCACGCAGCGGGUGUGGGAGGACAAGGAGCGGGAGCUGCAGUGGCUGCUGGACACGCUGGGCACGCUGGACGUGGCGGAGGCGCUGGCAGAGCCGCGCGGGGCGGCGGCCGGGGCGCGGCCGGGGGCAGGAUGGAUGGAACAGGCGCGGGGACUGCGCAAAGACCGCGCCGACAACGACGAGGACUCGGACACGGGGCUGAGCUCCAUGCACAGCCAGGACUCGGACUCGCUGCCCGUGUGCGAAUCGCUGGUGUAGCGCCCGCCCGCCCCGCCGCAGCCACCCCGGGCACCGGGCACMGGGCASMGGGGCUGCCGGGGCACAGAGCAGAUGUGGGGCAGCCCAGGAAACUCCCGGCGCAGGAGGCAGUCGCGCAGAGGAAACAUUUUAAUUUGAGCUCUGAAGUUUGAACUUGUUCUGAUUAGUCAUCCGCGGGCAGCGUUUAGGCUGGCUCGCCGGUACUUUUAUCCGAGGAAGAGAAAACCCACAGCGUGUUUGUGUUUCAUUCACGUCUGGGAUUGCUCGCUCCUUAAAUCCUGCCCCUCGCUUUGCUGCGAACGUUUUCUUGCCGGGCCUUUUAAUCCUCCUCAGUGUAGCGUAAGGCUGCUCCGGGUCAGCUCUUCACGAGCAAAAGGCCGGGACGUGCCCUCCCGAGGGGAUCGCUCUCUCCCGAACAGGGUGUCGGCAUUGCAGAGUCAGAUGUGGGUUAUACUGGGUUAUACUGGGYUAUACUGGCUGUCACAAAYACACCCGGCUCCUUUACAGGCAAAAAGUCUCGACACUAAAGCUGCUGAUCACUUAAACAGUGCGGAGGAAAAGAGGUGUCAGUGCUUCUGACUCUGGGAUCUCCCAGGGCGCAAACUUUUGGACGGUGCUGCAGUUCCUUUCGGCAACAAAAAGGGGUGAUAAAUCACUUCCUUUUUUUUCUUUUU